GCAGAAGUCCCAGCAGCAGGCUAAGGUCUCACCUAGACUCCAGUUCAGUUCUCUCCACAUCCCUCUAGAACAACCACCUGUUACCUGGCUCUCUCUCUCUCUGUCUAAUACCCAACUAAGGAACGUGGGCCGCAGGCCUGUGAAGGAUGGAGGGCAGUGUGCUGCUGCUGUGUCUUGUGAGCCUCUUCACUGGAGUGCAAAGCCAAAACCAAAUCCCGAGCAUUACAACAAAUUAUGCUCAAAUACGGGAAGACACUCCAAUUAAUGAAUUUGCCUUUCAAAUAGAAACAUACGAUCCCGAUCUUGUCCCUGACCCACUGACAUACAUGAUUACUGGGCCAAAAGCAAGCUACUUUAAUUGCGACGCAAACACAGGGACAGUAACCAUCCGGACCCCCUUGGAGAGAGAUGAUGAUGACAAGGGUGUAUUCUCUAUCGGCAUUGUGGUUUCUGACGCAUAUUACACAGUUAGCAAAGACAUUCAGAUAAUCAUUAUAGAUGCGAACGAUAACCAACCCAUAUUUGAAAAUACACCUUACAACGUAAAUGUCGAAGAAAAUACUGCCUUGGACACUGUUCUGUUUCAAGUAUAUGCCAAAGAUGUAGACGCUGGACUUGCUGCUGUUGUAAAGUACCACAUUGAUGAGGCUAGUCCAAGUGAUGGACUAAAUCAUUUUACUAUCAAUGAGAAUAAUGGCGAAGUCAAACUGGUUAAACAACUGAAUUUCACAAGUUUGAGCACUUUCUACAGGCUCAAGAUCAACGCCACUGAUGGUGGAGGCCCUGUGUAUAAUGAACCUAAACCUGUUCAUCAGUCCAACAUUGCUUUUGCUUUCAUCACUGUGGUGGACGUCCCAGACAUGGAUCCACGGUUUCUAAGUACUCCUUACGCGACGACUGUCACUGAGCAUUUUCCCGUGGGCCAGUCUGUGUUUAAAGUGACUGCAAUUGAUCAGGACUCAGGAAUCAACGAUGACAUCACCUACAGCAUUGAAGGUACCGAUGACCUGUUUGACAUCACGGCCAACGAUGGAGUCAUAUCUGUCAAAAGUGAUAUUGAUAGAGAGGCUUUGUUGGACAUCAAUUCUGUUGUGGCCCUUAAAGUGACGGCAACGGAGGUUCAUCCAAGCAUUCUGGGGACCCAAGCACACACCUCCACUGAGGUGCGGAUUACCAUCGGUGACAUCAAUGACAACAAGCCUAAAUUUUACGACUGUGGUGUGGAGCCCUGCGCGGAGGCCAGCAGCUUCACGGCCAACAUCUUUGAACACUCCUCCAUGGGUGUUCCAGUCGACGACCUCAACAUCAGAGCCAAAGAUUUGGAUCAGGGAGAUAAUGGAAAAUUCGAAUUAAGUCUUGCUGGACCAGACAAGGAUGCGUUCAGUGUGUCGCCACAGAUUGCCUACUCAGAAAGCCCGGUUCAGAUCAUGGUCAAGAACUCCCAGGCUGUGGACUACGAGACCAAAACAUCAAUGGUUAUCCAGAUUAUCGCCAAGGAUCACUCCAAUAAAGCAGACUGCUGUUCCACAGCUACAGUCACCAUUCAGAUCAAAGACAUUAAUGACAACAGCCCCACGUUCCCCAAAGAAGUCUACACCCUCAAGGUUGAUGAGCACAGUCCUAAUGGAACCACUGUGGACACGAUAACAGCAACCGAUCCUGACACUAUGGAUGUUGGUAACAUCAGAUACAGACUUCUUCCCGACAGCAUACUAAAGUACUUCAAUGUGAAUGCAAUGACAGGGAGGAUCUAUGUGACAAACAGCAAACUGAUCGACCGAGAGGUCACCUCCCUGUAUUCUCCAACUCUGCAAGCAAGAGACCAGGCCAACAACACAGGGAACACUGUGUUAGAAAUCACACUGACAGACAUCAAUGACCAGACACCACAGUUCAACAGAGAAUCCUACAUCGACUAUGUGAAAGAGGGCUCAGACCUAAGAAUUCAAGUACAGGCUACUGACAGAGAUGAGCCGCCCAACAGCGAGAUUGUGUAUGGAAUAGUUAACAGUAACUACAGUGGCAAAUUCACCAUUGACCCCACCACAGGCUGGUUGGAGAACAAUGGCCCGCUAGACAGAGAGGCCAUGCAGGCCAAGGAUAAUGGGCAGGUUAAGUUAAAUGUGACAGCAACUGACAAAGGCAGUCCACCACUGACCAGCUGGGUGCCAGUCAUCAUCAAUGUGGAGGAUAUCAACGACAACACACCGAAGUUUCGAAAAACGUCUUACAAAUUCUUAGUGGAGGAGGGGAAGAAAGCUGAAUUUGUGGGCUCCGUCCAGGCAGUGGACUUAGACCAAACGAUCGAUCACAACCGCAUCUCCUUCAGCAUAGUCAGCGGAAGCUUCGGACAAUUCAUCAUCCAAACCUUCAGGGACGAACCCGAUGGUUACAUCGGGAACAUCACGGUCGACCCGGACAUCGAGUUGGACUACGAGAGCAGCUUCAAAAACUUCAACCUGGAUGUGGAGGCCAUGGACCUGGGAUCCAUGAAGGACACUGUAACCGUGGAGGUGAUUGUUGUGGAUGUGAAUGAUGAGAGGCCCCAGUUUAAGCCCGUUGCCCCAUUGCACAUAAAGGAGAACACCACUAUCACUGAGGCCGUGGGGAGAUUCGAAGGGGUGGACCUGGACAUGAAUCACGUUCUGGUCUACCAGCUGGUCUCCACUAAGUGCCGCUGUAAUGGCUCCCUGAGUCUCGGGCCCUGCCCAGAGGACUGGUUCAUCCUGGAGCCCACAGGGGAGAUCAUGCUGAACGAGGAGUUUGUGAUCGACUUUGAGAAGUGUGAUCAGGUUGACCUGGAGGCCCAGGUGGUGGAUGAGUUGACCCAGAAAGGGGAGAACAACAGCGCAACACCAGGGCACAUUGUGAUCAACAUCGAAGACAUCAAUGACAAUGCCCCUGCUUUCGAAACAACAGAUUCCUUAUAUGUUGUGGUGUCAGAGACGGCCUCUGUAGGCUCAGUAAUAGCCAGUGUCACUGCUACAGACCGUGAUUCCGGGAAAAAUAGGCAGAUGACAUUUUCGAUAACAAAUAUACAAUUCAGGGAUGACGUCAACAAUAAAACGACCGAGUUGGGCAGUCGAGUGUUUCGAGUUGUCACCACACAGGAAGACGAUAAAUACGUCGGAAAUAUUCAGAACAUCGAAGUGUUAAAUAUCAAUGUUAAAGGUAAGUAUUUGGUGACAGUUGGGGCAGCUAACACUGAAGAACCGAAACUCUUCUCCGAAACCAAACUGGAGAUCUUCACAGUUGACAAGAGUUUAAAAGUGGAGCUUUUGUUUUCAAAGACAGUGGCAGAAGUUCAAGCGGCCCAAAGUCAGAUUGUACUGCUUCUAACCGCAGCAACACAGACGAAAGUGGAAGUAGUUGGGAUUAGGGCUGAUUCAGGCAGUACGGAAAUCAGGGCGGCUGGCGAUACCGUAAUGGAGGUGUACUUUGUGAAUGCCAAUGGAACGGCCCUCGACUCUGACACCGCCGAGACUAUUCUAUCCAACAGUGUGGAACGGUACAAAUUACAGAUUGAAUUUGGCCUGAAAGAUAUAGGAGGGACUGUGGUGACAGAGAAGCAGGUGAAUCCAGUCAUGUUCGUUCUGUUGGGACUGGUGGCAGGCCUCAUCAUCGUCCUGGCUGUCAUGACAACGUCUCUGGUCUGCACCCGCAGGAGCUACAGAACGAAGCUGAAGGCAUCUAAAGCCAUGAACUCAGCAGCCAUGGUGGUGACUGGUGGAGAUCAGAAGAGUGGGCCUGUCGUGCCUGGAACCAACAAGUACACUAUGGAGGGGGCUAACCCUGUGCUCAACUUGAACAUCGACACAGCCACAGACCUGGGCUUCGACGAGGAAGGAUCUAACGCUGACAGAGUCAGCCUUAAUUCCUUGGACUACAACAUAGACAUGGUCAUGUCUGACAAGGAUACGAUGCCCAUGAUGAUGAUUCAGGAGGAGGAUGAGGAGGAGGGGGGAGCAGAUAACCUCUACGUCGAACCUCUGGGUGAAGCCUUGGCCCAGCGUGGCAAGAAAAGAGUCAACAACAGCCCUGGUUUAACCUUCGCUAACCCUUCACUCAGCACCACAGACCUGUGAGAGGCUGCCAUCUUGGGUCAGUAUCACUGACCUGUGAGUGGCUGCCAUCUUGGGUCAGUAUCACUGACCUGUGAGUGGCUGCCAUCUUGGGUCAGUAUCACUGACCUGUGAGUGGCUGCCAUCUUGGGUCAGUAUCACUGACCUGUGAGUGGCUGCCAUCUUGGGUCAGUAUCACUGACCUGUGACGGCCAUUUUGGGAUCUAUGACACUGACCGUGGGUCAUGAAAUGGACCACGUAAAAUGGACCUUGCAUCCUGGAAAAGGAUAGAUGCCAAACUCCGUGCUAGAAAGACAAUGUGACUUUUGAGAUUAAAUCAAGUUCAAAUCUAAUCUUUGUUUGUUUGUGUUGAACCACUCGUAUUAUUGGCAUGCUAUUGUUUGAUUCAGUUUAGGGAAUAUUUCCGUGUAAACAUUUAUCAUAACACACAGCACAGUGAUGUUAGAUUAGCCGGCUUGCUAUUUCGCUGCCACAGUAUGUAACAGCCUGACUUUUGUCAAACGUCCCAACGUCUUCAUGAAUCCAUCGUUUUUUUAUUUGAACAGCAUCAACCUAAAACGAAAACAUGACACUUUGGGAUGAAAAGUAAAAAAAUAAAUUAAAAAAAUGACAAUGUUUUCAUUGUGAAUAAUUUCAUUAUUAGUAUUUUUUAAAUGUGUAAAGAUUUGAUUGAUAUUUUUAAUACAUUAUGCUUUACGUUUUUUAAUAUUCAUUUCUUUCCGUUUUUUUCUCUCCGUUUAUUAUGAAACUAAACACUUGUAUCUGGAAUCCUGUGGUGUUUUUUAAGUACGGCCCCUUCAAGAGUAGGUACAUUUACUGGCGUUUGAUUGGACUCUUUCUCAAAACAGUAUUUUAUUGGACAAAAAAAAAACGAUGUUUUUUCAUAUAUAUCAAUUCAUUAUAAGUAUACAGGUUGGCCAAAAGCAGUACCUUCUAAACAGGUCUCUAUAUUUCUGCUUAACGUACUAUAUCAUUAUUGUAAGUGUGGUGUGUGUUAGCUGAGGCAAAACCUAAGGCGAUACAGGUAUGGAGGAGAGAGUGAAUCAUUUCAGUUGUGUUUUUGCAGAUAUUCAAAUUGGCUGUAUUUAAAUAAAUGCAAUCAUCCAAUAAAAUGGGUUUUCUUCAAAUUUUCA